AGAACAAGUUCUCUCUCUCUAUCUAUCUAUCUCUAUAUAUAUAAUAUGAAAAAACUCAACAUUAAAAGCAACAAAAAAGAGAAAGAAAUUAUGGGUAUUUGUGAACUUGAAGAAGAUAAGUUGUCCCAAAUGGUUAGAGAUUUUAUUGAAAUGGAUUGUGAAAAUUUUCAAGUUGAUGAACUUGUUGAUCAUAAUAAUCCUACUAAUACCUAUCUUUCCUUAAAGGAUAUUCUUGAAAAUGUUAGUGAUGGUGAAAAAGAGAUUCUUGGUAAAAUCUUGUUUUAUUUGAGAAACAAUAUGGAGCCUAAAAAGUUGAGACAAUGGAUUGUUAAUAGAUUAAGAAUGGAUGAGUAUGAAGCUUCUCUUUGUAAAACUUCUUGGAUUACCUCUUCUGGAAGUCCUUCAGCAUUUCAAUUUACAGGUGAUUAUGAAUAUAUUGAUGUGAUGAUGAAGGGAAUUAGCAAUGGAUCAGAAAGAGUGAGAUUAAUAGUGGAUAUUGAUUUUAGGUCUCAAUUUGAGUUAGCAAGGCCAACACAAGAAUAUCAAGAGCUUUUAAAUUCACUUCCAUCAAUCUUUGUGGGUACUGAGGACAAACUUAAUGGCAUUAUCUCUUUGCUUUGUUCAGCAGCCAAACAGUCCCUUAAAGAGAAAGGACUACAUGUUCCACCUUGGAGAAAAGCUAGCUAUAUGCACUCUAAAUGGCUAUCUCAUAAUUGCAAGAAAAUUGCUUUGUUUGCACCAACUUUGCAUAUUGUUUGGAGGACUAAUUUAACCUUUUUAGAAAAAACAAAAAAAGAGAACUAAUUAUUAAUGGUAGAAAGUUUUUUUUUUUUUUAAUCUUUUUACCUAUUUUGUGUUUUAAGAUAUGGUAUUGUAUAUUGUAAAACUUAAAAGGUCUAUUUUGCUCCUAACUUGUUAUGAUGAGGAUUAAAAGUGCUUGAAAUUUUUUGUUGGUGCACUUGUAAUCAUGUUUGAUACUCAUCAAUUAUUCUUUUGUUUAUA